UGACGUUCACUGUUGGUAUCAUCUCAUUCUUGUUUAUAAUACUUUUGGCUACCUGAAAACCUGUCAGCACUUUACCAAUCGUUAUCGAAAAUUGAUUCGAAUUGCAAAAGGAAAUAAUUCAAGCAGGGAUAAGAUCAUCUAAGAAUCGGAAUGGGGUUGCGAACAGAUAUUGGAGUAAAUAAUUCAGGAUACACUAUGCGUCUUUUAUAUAUUUGUCUCCUCCUGGUGGCAUCCUCCUCAGCGGAAUUCGAAGAGAUAAGUGAUGUAACAUUUGAUGGCGAGCCUGGUAUUUGGAAUGGAGCCCCCACGGUGGAUCUUGAGAACUAUACGCAUGUUCAGAUCUGUGCAAAUCACACUUCCUGGAACGCUACUAUGACAGACACAUACUGGAACACUGAUAUGGCAGACACUAUCUGUCAGUAUUUUGGAUUUACGGGCUCAAUGAUCAUCGAGGUGAUGGACUUUGCAGCCCCUGGAUUUGCAAUGUGUAAGAAAGAACAGAAUAACACAGAUUCUCGUCUACAGCUGUCCUGUAAAUUCCUAGAAGUCUGUGUGGGAGUUCCCAUAAUCUCAUGCUUACUUCCCGGGUAUGAGGGCUGUUAUACCCAAACGGCUACCGAUCCGUUCUUUACCAAUGGUUCGCUGGCAGAUUUAGGGGAUCAGCAAGUUAAUAUCCAGACCUGUGCCGAGGCAUGCUCUGAUAGUCCAUACCUAGGGCUCACCAACGGUUCCAACUGCAUCUGUGGAUCAGGACUGGGUAAUCGUAGUCUUGUAGGGGAUUGUGAUCUGGGAUGCCAAGGAGAUGAUCUACAGCAGUGUGGUGGAGAAGAGGCUACCAGCGUCUACAGUGCCAGCGUGAUUGGUCAAUGUGAGUCGGAGCGGGUGGAGAUUAUUCCUGAUCAGCCACAUUACAUAACAUCACCGAAUUUCCCGGACAUCUACGAAGCAAACGUGUCUUGUUCUUGGAUAUUGGAUAUCAAUGUUCCGUUGUUCCAUGACCUUGAGAUAAUCACGACCUUUGACUUUGAAGAUGACAAUAUCCAACACCUGGACAUCUCAUCUGAGUCCGACCUUGUAGAAUUGACUCCAGCAGGAACAUCUGGCACGACUGUUCUUAGUCGUACCCCAUACAGUACACUCCAAGACACCAUCACUGUAUCAUUGACACCAUCUUCUGGUGGCAAUAGUACAGCCUUCGUCAUGAAAUUCACUCUGAUGUCUAACACGAUGUAUACUCCGGCUAACGACUAUACUACCGCCCCGCCUCCUGAGUCUACUACGUCCAAGGCUGGGCAGAAUGUCAAUCUGGGCAAGCUAGCCAUGUCCGCUGGCCUAGGAGUCAUCCUCGCUGCUAUUCUUCUGGUUUGAGAGGUUCCCAGAUGUUUUAUCAAAUUUGCUCCAUUUCUUUAUUCUUUACGUAUGAUAAAUGCAUAAUCAUAUAGACUCAGUUACUCAUAACCAAUAAUCAAGAUUUUGUUAAAAACUGUUUUGUACGACAACCUUAUGUGUUUAUAUUUAUUGUGAAAUGGUGAACAUGUAUUCCUAUCAAUGUCUGUAAGAAACAAAUAAUUAUCUUUUUUAACAUAAUGAACAUAGAAUAAGAGUGAACAAUGAUAUAGAAUAGAUGUAUAAUAGUCAAAUUCCAGUCACAGCGCUGUUAACAUGGUUAUUUAUCAACUGAAAAUUCAUGCAUGAUCACGUAUGAUUUAGAGUGUGUCAUAUUCUAUUAUUCAAAAUUUAUCUCUGAAUUAAAAAGAAAUCACAUUCCCCCUAAAACUCUUAUUUUUAGAAGAAUAAUCAUGAGGACAGAAAUUUAGAGUACUCAGUCAUUAUACUUGUAGCGUUAUAUUGCUUUAAUAUCCAAGUUUGCCUUUUAUAGCACGCAACCGCACAAAACUGUACUUGUAUUUCAUACAUUUCACCCAUUUGUAUUACUUCAAGGGGCUGCGUUUGGUUUCAUUUACAUUAUUAUUAAUGUAUAAACGAAAAGAAUCAGUGUAGACAAAACUGUUUAUAGUACGCUUCGUGUGAUAUGACUGCUGAGUAUAUUUGUGGGCUAUUUAACUGUAUAUUAUCUUAUUUCGUGUAUUAAAGUAUACUUUGUAAUUUAUAUAUAUUGCGAUUGGGAACAAAAGCCUGUUCAGGUAUAGACAGUUAAUUGAUGACAGCUGGUCACACAAGCAGGCCCUUCAAGGAGAGUCCCAAGAAGGCCAAUCAACUUAGUUCGCUGCUGCUCAAAUGAUGCUAUGUAAACUAAUCAAUUAAAACAACAAAAUUAACCAGAAAUAUAUAAUACAUGCAACAUAAGAAAUGUGUGCAACACACAUGGUAAUGGUAUAGAAGUGUCCACUUACAGUGUACAUCGGGGAAAGGCGACAUUGCAUGGCACACAUUAAAACAACUAGCAUCUAACUGAAGCAAGCCAAACACCUGGCUUUCAUUGUGUUCACCACUUUCCACUUAUCCACUAAUAUGUUUUUAUGUAGUCUGUACCGUGUAUAGCAUUUAAUGCUAUACCUGUUUUUUUAAUAAAUCUUCUUAAUCGUUUGAUUGAAAUGUCAUAGUUUUAUAAUGGUUUUAUUGUCCAUUGACUGUUUUUAAUUGGUGUUGGAGUUUGGAAAUAAGUACUCAAGGUGAUUCACUUAUAUUUACCCUAGCCAUGCAUGCCGCCCCUAUCAGAUGUACAUGUAUGAUCACUAAUGAUACAUUGUGUCUAGCCCCUAAAAAGUACUGCUACUUUCAAGAUACUAAAUUUGUUGUUUAAUACACGGGUGGCCAACCUUUUAAAGCUCGCGGGCCACAGCUAACGAUUAGCAUAACCUGGCGGGCCAUAGAUAGUCUUCUCCCCCCCCCCCCAAAAAAAAAAAGAAAAACCCUCAUGCAAUACGUGUACGCACCUGCAGCCUCGAACCCCUAUCCGUUAUUAAGGGUCAUUUUUCUCGAAAAAAAGACCCAUUUCCCACAAUUUUCGGGUGUUUUUCGGGUGUUUGGGGGUGUUUGCAUGGCAAACGCCCAACAAAUUUGAAAAAACGGACCC